GAUGAUGGCUCACAAAGUCCAUUUCUCAAUUCUCGUCCUAAUUCUUCUAUGCUGUGAUGCCCAAGGAGAGUUAGAGGUUGAGGAUAGUAUAGGUCAUAAGGAAAGGGAAGAAUAUUCGCGAUUUGGACUUCUACAGAAUUCCACGAACGGAAGCUCCGGAAACCCAGCAACUUCGACUUCGCACCAAACAAUAAGAUAUAGCUGUCCAUGGCCUUACCAAAACAUUGCCACACAUUGUCUUCAUAGGGAAUGCCUCCUCCUUGAAAUUUACGGCUGGAUGAGCGCCCGGAAGUACUGCGAGUCUCUAGAUGGGGAUUUAGCGUGGUUUGAAGAUAAAGAUCUGCCCCCAAUCAUUGGUUAUUUGAAUGUGGUUAACUCUGUGACCUAUUUCGUCGGUGGCAGGCAGUUUAAUUCCACGUCAGACUUCGAAUGGGUGAAUGGCCAGAAACUUCCCGAUACUUCCUCACCCCUGUGGUACUAUAGAGAUUAUGAAGACUACAAUUGUGUAUCACUCUCUAACAAUAAUGGUUAUAAACUUAGUAACCAAGAUUGUAUGUCGAAUAAAUACAGUUGA